AGAGGUGUACCUCCCUGCUCCUCCUCGGUGAGUCCAGUAUCUGGGACUCCUCUGAUCCGGGACCAUGUACAGCCGUGAGGUGCUGGCGGCCACCAGCCUGCUGUGCGGCAGCAGUGGAGCCAUGCAGCCGCUGCAGCUGCACCGGAAGCUGCUGCAGCGCUGCGACAUCAGUGAAAAAGAGUUCAACUUCAUCAUCCAGCAGUGUCCCCGCUUCCUGCUGGUCCGCGGCCCGGCGGCGGCCGGCGGAGAGCGGCUGGAGGACUGCACGGUGGUCGCCAGGACCGACCUGAGGCUGUGCGCCAGGUACGGCCGGGACGAGUGCACCGGGUCCGGCCGGGAGGGGGGCGGGGACUGCCAGCAGCUGCACCUCUGCAAGUUCUUCAUCUACGGAAACUGCAGGUUCGGGAAGGGCAGGAAGUCGUGUAAAUUCUCCCACGACAUCCGUUCAGAUCACAACUAUCGAUUACUCAGAGAGUUCACGCUGCACGAGCUCAACGAAGACGACCUGUUUGUGCUGCUGCUGCAGAAUGACCCAUCGCUGCUGCCGGAGGUGUGUUCGCACUAUAACCGAGGAUCCGGUCCUCACGGCAGCUGCACCUUCCAAGAGAGCUGCACCAAAGUUCACCUGUGCCAGCACUUCGUUCAGGGCGACUGCAUGUUCGGGCUCAAGUGCAAACGGCAGCACGCCAUCGACCAGCACGGCCGCCGCAUGUUGGAGGAGAGAGGGCUGAGCGGAGACAUCAUCCGGGAGCUGCCCUUCAUGUACAGGAACAUCCACCACCUCGCCGCCGCCGCCGCCGCCUCGACCUCCACAGAGAAUUUAACAGAUUCUUCGUGGAUGCCUCAGACGGACGACAGGAACAACAUCUGCCUGCACUUCAUCCGAAACAGCUGCAAGUUCCAGAACGAGUGCCGCCGCGUUCACUUCCACCUGCCCUACAAGUGGGAGGUGUUUGAUGGCGUCACCUGGACGGACCUGCAGCACAUGGAGGACAUCGAGCGAGAUUUCUGUGACCCGUCGAAGACCCAGAGCUGCAGCAAUCACCCCAUCGACUUCCAAACAAUGAGGCAGGGCUUGCAGCCCGUUCGCCGUCUCUCUACAGUGUCCUCGGUAACAAAACCGCCUCACUACACCCUGACAACGCAGUGGCUGUGGUACUACAAGGGGGACCAAGGGAACUGGGUGGAGUACGGACUGCCGGAUGAAAAGCAGCGCAGCACAUCAGUGUCAUCGCGGAUGCUGGAGGAGGUGUUUCUGUCCAACAGAACAGCAGACGUCAAAGUGGCGAAAGGCCAAAGACAGUACGUCAUCAGCUUCAAAGACAUGUACCAGAGGAACCACAAACACAACACCAAGAGACGAGUUCGUCGUCGUCCACGCUUCGUCUCCAUGGCCGAGGUGGAGCGACAGGCAGUUCAGUAGAGAAACCACGACCUGUUGUGGUCUCUACACACUGGACCUGAAUAAGUGCCUUCUCUUGGUUUAAAACUUCUGGAACUGUCACAUCUCUGUUUCCUUCAGUUUCCCUACUUUACUGUAGCUUUUCCUGACAUGGACGAGUCUGUUACUGUUGAUUUUAGCGUUAGCAUUAGCCACUACUAUCUCAACAAUUAUUGGAUGGAUUGUCAUGAAUUCUGGUUCAGGUGGACCUCAUGAGAUGAAUCCUGAUGCCAACAACAAGAUACUCCUUAAACUAACUCAUUCUGCCAACAUUAGCAUCUGCUGUUAGCAAAUUUUGGCUAGCAUUAAUGAUCGGAUUCAUACCAACAUGCUAACUGUUUUUAUCUUAUGGGGACAGUGCACAUUAAUGCACAAACACAAAUGUUACCAUAACGCAAACCUUAGCUAAUCUUAAAAUGCUAACGUUAGCAUGGUUUACGACAUGUAGACUGAAAGCUAAAGACGUCACUUCCUGUUAAGCUUCUGUAACUCAAUGCAGCUGUUUCUGUUAAUAAAUGAAGCUUGUUUCUGGAUUUUAAUUCAGACAAUCUGUCAAAAUGACCAGUUCAGUGCUUUUAGACAACAAAACCUUUUUCAGUUAAACUAUCAUUAGCUUUUUUUUUUUUUUUAGCAUAUAAACAAACUACAUGUUAACCUCGGAGGGCCGUCGGACUCACGAGAAUCAAACUAUGCACUUGUGUUGCAGCUUGAAGAUUUCACACGUCAAACUUUAAAAAACAUAUACCGUAAAACUUCUAAUAAUAGCCCGGGCCUUUAUUUGCUUAAAUCACUGAACUCCCCCUGCCUUUAUUUGGGACAGGCCUCUGUUUGGGACAGGCCUUUAAUUCCUUUACUAAACUAAACUCUAACUGCUGCUUCUCUUGAGGUUUGUUCAGCAAAUUUGACAACUAACACGAUUAUCAUGAUGCUUCAGAGGUUUUUUUCCGUCUCUCUUGUUUACCGGUAAGUAGGAAUGAAUUAACGUUAAAACUUUGGUAUUGAUCGUUUUCGUAAAAUAUAGUGAACGAUUGAAUUGUGGAGAAUCUAUAACCCUGCUUUUAUUGGAAGUUUUACGGUACUCUUUUUUUGUUGUUUGUGUAAAAGUUGCCGCUUUUAGCACUUGUUUCAGCCAAAAGUGGGCGUGGCCAUUCAGACAAUGACCCGGAUAUACGUUGCACACAGGUCUCUGAGCGUCUGUUCGGUUCUCUCUGUGGUAAAACAGAAAUACUUGCACUGGGUUUUAAACUGUAUCUGGGACAUUUUUUAUAUUUGUAAAAGUUAUGUAUUUUAAUAGUUAUUUUCUGACUUUGUGUUGUUUAAUGUCUCUUCAGUUAUUCAGUCUCAUUUGUUUUCAGUAAACUUAUAUCUGUGUUAAGACUUCUUCUCUUCACAUCGAUUUCACUCCUGCAAUAAAAAUCAAAUGCGAAUGAAA